AUGAAGGCUACUACUGCUUCCGUCUUGUUGGCGCUAUCUGCUGCCGUUAGUGGUCGGCCGACGGUUGAUAACCGAUUCCCUUAUAAGGGUCCUGCUGUUCCUGUUGGCGAUUGGGUUGAUCCCACGAUUAAUGGGAAUGGGAAGGGCUUUACGCGUCUUGUCGAGCCGCCCGCUGUUAAGCCUGCGUCGGCGCAUGCCACUAAUAAUGUCAAUGUUAUUUCGCUGUCUUACAUUCCGGACGGUAUUCAUAUUCAUUAUCAGACGCCUUUUGGGUUGGGGAAGUCGCCUUUUGUUAAGUGGGGUACUAGUCCUGAGCGAUUGAUCAAUAUUGCUCGGGGAUUCAGUCAUACUUAUGACCGAACUCCUUCAUGCUCCCAGAUCAAAGCUGUCACCCAGUGCAGUCAAUUCUUCCAUGAAGUGUCCCUUCCUCACCUUGAGUCCGGUAAAACAUACUACUACCAAAUCCCCGCCGCGAAUGGCACGACUGAGUCCGAUGUCCUGAGCUUCACAACCGCUCGCAAAGCUGGUGACGCUACAGAAUUCACCGUGGCUAUCCUGAACGAUAUGGGCUACACUAAUGCCCAGGGUACACACAAGUACCUAAGCCAAGCAGCCAACGAGGCCGCUUUUGCCUGGCACGGUGGUGACAUCAGUUACGCAGAUGACUGGUCCUCCGGUAUUAUGGCCUGUGAGGACUCUUGGCCAGUCUGCUAUAACGGCACUAGCAGCUCGCUCCCUGGCGGUGUCAUCACGAGCGAAUACAAGAAGCCUUUGCCUAAGGGCGAGAUCGCGAACCAGGGUGGACCCCAAGGUGGAGAUAUGAGUAGCAUUUACGAGUCGAACUGGGAUCUCUGGCAGCAGUGGAUGGGCGAUAUUACCAAGAAGAUUCCCUACAUGGUUUUGCCUGGAAACCACGAGGCGUCGUGUGGUGAAUUCGAUGGUCCUAAUAAUGUCUUGACGGCUUAUUUGAACGAAAACGAGCCAAACAGUACCUGGCCUACUGAUAAUCUUACCUACUAUAGUUGUCCGCCAUCGCAAAGAAACUUCACGGCCUAUCAGCACCGCUUCCGUAUGCCAGGUGCUGAAUCUGGAGGCGUCAGCAACUUCUGGUACUCCUUCGACUACGGUCUCGCGCACUUCGUCUCGAUGGAUGGCGAGACAGACUACGCCAACAGCCCAGAGUGGUCCUUCGCCGAAGACGUAACCGGCGAUGAGAAACUUCCCACAGAAUCCGAAACAUUCAUCACAGACAGUGGUCCCUUCGGCGCUGUGCACGGCAGCAUCAAAGACACAAAGUCCUACGAACAAUAUAACUGGCUGAAAGAGGAUCUUUCCAAAAUCGAUCGCAAGAAGACACCAUGGGUCAUCGUCAUGAGCCACAGACCAAUGUACAGCUCUGCAUACUCGUCCUACCAGAAGGAUAUUCGGGAGGCGUUUGAGUCUCUUUUCCUGGAACAUGGUGUCGAUGCUUAUCUUUCUGGUCAUAUUCAUUGGUAUGAACGGUUGUGGCCUAUUGGUAAGAAUGGAACUGUUGAUUCGGGGUCUGUGGUUAACAAUAACACUUAUCGUGUUAAUCCCGGAACUUCGAUGACGCAUAUCAUCAAUGGAAUGGCGGGAAAUAUUGAGAGUCAUAGUGAGUUUAGUGAUGGGGAGGGUCUGACGAAUCUUACGGCUGUCUUGAACACGAAGCAUUAUGGUUUCAGCAAGAUGACUGUUGUUAAUGCUACGGCUUUGAAGUGGGAGUAUGUCAAGGGGGAUGAUGGGUCGACUGGGGAUCUGCUUUGGUUGGUUAAGCCGGAGACUUCAAAGGGGAAGAAUCCUGUUGGUGGAAAGAAGCCGAGGGCUGUUGUUUAUUAG